CGCCGGUUAACAUGAGAGAUCAUGGCCGCCUUCGGGCUUCUCAGCUAUGAGCAGAGACCACUGAAACGUCCCCGGCUCGGGCCGCCGGACGUCUACCCGCAGGACCCUAAGCAGAAGGAGGACGAACUUACCGCUGUGAAUGUAAAGCAAGGCUUCAACAAUCAGCCGGCCUUCACGGGAGAUGAGCACGGCUCAGCCAGGAAUAUUGUAAUUAACCCAUCAAAGAUUGGAGCUUAUUUUAGCAGCAUAUUAGCUGAGAAAUUAAAGCUUAACACUUUCCAGGACACCGGGAAGAAGAAACCACAAGUUAAUGCUAAAGAUAAUUAUUGGCUGGUUACUGCUCGAUCCCAGAGUGCAAUUCAUAGUUGGUUCUCUGACUUAGCAGGAAAUAAACCACUUGCUAUUUUAGCAAAGAAGGAGCUGCCUCUGGCCAAGUCAGGUGUUCCUCAGGUUCCGAUCCUUAGUAAAAAAGAAGAUGUUUUUGCAUAUUUAGCUAAAUAUUCAGUGCCAAUGGUUCGAGCGACGUGGCUAAUUAAGAUGACCUGUGCCUAUUAUUCUGCUAUUUCUGAAGCUAAAAUUAAGAAACGUCAGGCUACGGACCCCAAUUUGGAGUGGACACAGAUAUCUACCAGAUAUCUCCGAGAGCAGCUGGCGAAGAUUUCCGACUUUUACCACAUGGCCUCCAGCACAGGCGAUGGGCCUGUCCCAGUGCCACCAGAUGUGGAGCAAGCCAUGAAGCAAUGGGAGUACAAUGAAAAGCUGGCAUUUCACAUGUUCCAGGAAGGAAUGCUAGAAAAGCACGAAUAUCUGACAUGGAUCUUGGAUGUUUUAGAAAAGAUCAGACCAAUGGAUGAUGAUCUUCUUAAACUCUUGUUACCACUAAUGCUGCAGUACUCAGAUGAAUUUGUUCAGUCGGCCUACCUGUCUCGUCGUCUUGCCUACUUUUGUGCUCGGCGUCUUGCCUUGCUGCUGAGCGAUAGCCCCAACCUCCUUCCUGCCCACUCGCCCCACAUGAUGAUAGGACCAAACAGCGCCAGCAUCGGGGCCCCCAGCCCCGGCCCCGCGGGCCCUGGCAUGAGCCCCAUGCAGCUGGCCUUCUCAGACUUUAUUUCCUGCGCACAGCAUGGCCCCCUGGUGUAUGGACUUAGCUGUAUGUUGCAGACUGUCACUCUCUGUUGCCCAAGUGCCUUGGUGUGGAAUUAUUCCACAAAUGACAAUAAGAGCGCGAACCCAGGCUCACCCCUGGAUCUGCUGCAGGUGGCCCCCUCCAGCCUCCCCAUGCCGGGUGGGAACACGGCUUUCAAUCAGCAGGUUCGAGCAAGGAUUUAUGAGGCAGAACAGCAGAUAAAGCAAAGAGGCCGUGCCGUGGAAGUCCGGUGGUCCUUUGACAAGUGCCAGGAGUCAACAGCAGGGGUGACCAUUAGUCGGGUUUUGCACACGUUGGAAGUGUUGGAUCGGCACUGUUUUGACCGAACUGACUCCAGCAAUUCAAUGGAGACGCUUUAUCAUAAGAUUUUCUGGGCAAACCAGAACAAAGAGAACCAAGAGGUUGCCCCCAACGAUGAAGCUGUGGUGACGCUGUUGUGUGAAUGGGCUGUGAGCUGUAAACGGUCCGGCAAGCACAGGGCCAUGGCCGUGGCCAAACUCUUGGAGAAGAGGCAAGCGGAAAUCGAGGCAGAGAGAUGUGGUGAAUCAGAGGUCUUAGAUGAGAAGGAGUCCAUUUCUUCAGCCUCUCUCGCUGGAUCGAGUUUGCCUGUUUUCCAAAAUGUUCUGCUAAGGUUUUUAGAUACCCAGGCCCCCUCACUGUCGGAUCCCAACAGUGAAUGUGAAAAGGUGGAAUUUGUGAAUCUGGUGCUGCUGUUCUGUGAGUUCAUCCGACACGACGUUUUCUCUCACGACGCAUACAUGUGCACACUCAUAUCUCGAGGAGACUUGUCAGUCACCGCCUCCACUCGGCCCCGGUCUCCAGUGGGAGAGAAUGCCGAUGAACACUAUCCAAAGGACCAUGACGUGAAAAUGGAGGAACAGGCUAUUAUGGCACAUAUGGGCAUUGACUCAGGAACUACUAAUAUUUUUGAUGAAGUAGACAAGAGUGACUUUAAAACUGACUUUGGUUCGGAAUUUCCAAUUUUUUCUCCCAUGCCUGGUGAGUCCUGUGAGAAUGCCAACCCUUCCUUGGGCAGAAGAAUGUCGGUUAAUGGUGAGAAGUUGCUGAAGAGAGAAAAACCGAGCGAUUUAAUUUUUCCAUCUAAUUAUGACCUCCUGCGACACUUGCAGUAUGCAACACAUUUUCCCAUACCUCUGGAUGAAUCUUCAAGUCAUGAAUGUAACCAGCGCACAAUCCUUCUGUACGGAGUGGGCAAAGAGCGUGAUGAAGCGAGGCAUCAACUGAAGAAGAUUACCAAAGAUAUUUUGAAAAUCCUAAAUAAGAAGAGCACCACAGAGACAGGGGUUGGAGAUGAAGGACAAAAAGCUAGGAAGAACAAACAGGAAGCAUUUCCAACAUUGGAGACGGUGUUCACAAAACUUCAACUCCUUUCAUAUUUUGAUCAGCAUCAAGUGACAUCUCAGAUCUCCAACAAUGUACUGGAACAAAUCACUAGCUUUGCGUCAGGGACGUCCUAUCACCUCCCUUUGGCUCACCAUAUUCAGCUUAUCUUUGACCUCAUGGAGCCAGCGCUGAACAUCAAUGGACUAAUUGACUUCGCAAUACAGCUACUAAAUGAGCUGAGUGUGGUAGAAGCCGAGCUGCUCCUGAAAUCCUCCAGCCUGGCAGGAAGUUACACAACGGGUCUGUGUGUCUGCAUCGUGGCUGUUCUCAGGCGGUACCAUAGCUGUCUGAUCCUGAACCCUGAUCAGACAGCCCAGGUGUUUGAAGGGUUGUGUGGUGUGGUGAAGCAUGUUGUGAACCCCUCAGAAUGUUCUUCUCCCGAAAGAUGCAUCUUAGCCUACCUCUAUGAUCUCUACGUGUCAUGUAGUCACCUCAGAAGUAAAUUUGGAGACCUCUUCAGUAGUGCCUGUUCAAAAGUUAAGCAAACCAUAUAUAAUAAUGUGAUGCCUGCAAACUCUAACUUGCGAUGGGAUCCGGACUUCAUGAUGGAUUUCAUUGAGAAUCCUUCAGCCCGGAGCAUCAACUACUCCAUGCUGGGCAAGAUCCUCAGCGACAACGCCGCCAACCGAUACAGCUUCGUCUGCAAUACACUCAUGAAUGUCUGUAUGGGCCACCAGGACGCUGGGAGGAUUAAUGACAUAGCCAAUUUCUCCUCCGAGCUGACAGCUUGCUGCACUGUUCUCAGUUCAGAGUGGCUGGGAGUUCUGAAGGCUCUUUGUUGUUCUUCGAAUCACGUGUGGGGCUUUAAUGAUGUACUUUGCACUGUGGAUGUGAGUGACCUUUCAUUCCAUGAUUCAUUAGCUACUUUCAUUGCUAUUCUGAUAGCACGACAGUGUUUUUCCCUGGAGGACGUCGUGCAGCACGUGGCACUCCCCUCUCUCCUAGCAGCAGCUUGUGGAGAUGCCGAUGCUGAGCCCGGGGCGAGGAUGACCUGCCGACUCCUUCUCCACCUUUUCCGAGCUCCCCAGGCCUGCCUGUUACCUCAAGCGACUGGCAAACCCUGCCCCGGAAUCAGAUCGUCCUGUGAUAGACACCUCUUAGCUGCUGCUCACAACAGCAUCGAAGUGGGAGCGGUGUUUGCUGUUUUAAAAGCAAUUAUGAUGCUUGGAGAUGCCAAAAUUGGCAAUAACAAUGUCAGCUCUUUAAAGAAUGAUGACUUCACCAUGAGGGGUUUACGACAUGAUGGGAAUGCUGAUGAUAUCUGGACUGCCUCACAAAAUUCAAAAUCCUGUGGGAAAAGCAUUUCCAUAGAAACUGCCAAUUUAAGAGAAUAUGCUAGAUAUGUACUGAGGACCAUCUGUCAACAGGAAUGGGUAGGAGAACAUUGCUUAAAAGAGCCUGAAAGAUUAUGCACAGACAAAGAACUUAUAUUGGACCCUGUGCUUUCUAAUAUGCAAGCGCAGAAGUUAUUGCAGCUUAUCUGUUACCCUCAUGGCAUUAAAGAGUGUACCGAGGGCGACAACCUGCAGAGACAGCACAUUAAACGCAUUCUUCAGAAUCUUGAGCAGUGGACGCUGAGGCAGUCCUGGCUAGAACUUCAGUUAAUGAUUAAACAGUGCCUGAAGGACCCUGGCUCUGGCUCGGUGGCUGAGAUGAACAACCUACUGGACAACAUUGCAAAGGCAACCAUAGAGGUAUUCCAGCAGUCUGCGGACUUGAACAACAACUCUUCCAAUUCCAGUGUGGGCCUCUUCAACCCAAGUGGGAUCGGAAGUACUGAUACUAGUAGCACGAGACAGAAUGGAAUAAAGACAUUUCUAAGUUCCUCUGAACGCAGGGGUGUCUGGCUGGUAGCCCCCCUAAUUGCCAGGCUGCCAACUUCUGUGCAAGGAAGAGUACUGAAAGCUGCCGGGGAGGAACUAGAGAAGGGACAGCACUUGGGUUCUUCUUCAAAAAAGGAAAGAGACAGACAAAAACAGAAAAGUAUGUCUCUUCUGAGUCAGCAGCCAUUCCUCUCACUGGUCCUUACCUGCCUUAAGGGACAAGACGAACAACGAGAAGGCCUCCUAACAUCUCUCCAGAAUCAAGUUAAUCAGAUCUUAAGUAACUGGAGAGAAGAACGAUACCAAGAUGAUGUAAAAGCACGGCAGAUGAUGCACGAAGCAUUGCAGCUCCGCCUAAAUUUGGUGGGAGGAAUGUUUGACACGGUGCAGCGGAGCACCCAGUGGACAACAGACUGGGCCCUCCUCCUCCUUCAGAUCAUUACUUCCGGGACCGUUGACAUGCACACUAACAAUGAAUUAUUCACAACAGUUCUUGACAUGCUGGGUGUUUUAAUCAAUGGAACAUUAGCCUCUGACCUAUCAAACGCAUCUCCAGGGGGAUCUGAAGAGAACAAACGCGCGUACAUGAAUUUAGUAAAGAAACUGAAAAAGGAGCUAGGAGACAAGCGGUCAGAAAGUAUUGACAAAGUUCGCCAGUUACUACCUUUGCCAAAACAGACAUGUGAUGUCAUCACUUGUGAACCUAUGGGUUCCUUGAUUGACACAAAGGGAAACAAAAUUGCUGGAUUCGACUCUAUAGAUAAAAAACAGGGCCUCCAGGUCUCCACAAAGCAGAAGGUGUCCCCAUGGGAUUUGUUUGAGGGUCAGAAGAACCCAGCUCCUCUGUCCUGGGCCUGGUUCGGGACUGUCCGAAUGGACCGGAAGGUGAUCAAGUAUGAGGAGCAGCAUCACCUCCUUUUGUAUCACACACACCCUACGCCCAAGCCCCGAAGUUACUACCUCGAACCCCUGCCCCUACCUCCCGAGGAGGAAGAGGAAGAGCCCACAUCUCCCGUCUCUCAGGAGCCAGAGAGGAAAUCAGCUGAGCUGCCAGAUCAGGGAAAAAACACAACAGAUGAAGAGAAGAAAACAAAGGGGAGGAAGCGCAAGACAAAAUCAAACUCAAGAGUUGAUGAGUAUCCACAGAGCAGCAUAUACCGAGUGCCUCCUAAUUACUCACCCAUUUCCUCCCAGAUGAUGCAUCAUCCGCAGUCCACCUUGUGGGGCUACAACCUCAUGGGUCAGCCCCAGCAGCCUGGCUUCUUCCUUCAGAACCAAUCUCUUACUCCAGGUGGCUCCAGGCUGGACCCCACAGGCUCCUUUGUCCCCACCAAUACCAAACAAGCUCUGUCCAACAUGCUUCAGCGGCGCUCCGGUGCCAUCAUGCAGCCACCUUCCCUUCAUGCCAUCACGUCGCAGCAGCACCUCAUACAAAUGAAGCUCCUCCAGCAGCAGCAGCAGCAGCGGCUUCUCAGGCAAGCCCAGGCUCGACCUUUCCAACAGGACUUCUGUAACUCUGCUGUCUCCCUUCUGGAAGACUUUGACAACAUAAUGGGUCAGCCGGGGGACCAGGCUGCUCUCUUUGCUGCACAAGCACGGCCCUCCCCUCAGCUCCCCCAGUAUCCAGGGCUGCAGCAAGCACAGACCAUGCCCCAAGGCUACACGAUGUAUGGAACACAGAUGCCUUUGCAGCAGACCCCACAGCAGCAGGUCGGCGGUGUGGUUCUGUCUCCCAGCUAUAACUCCAGAACCUACCCAGCUGCGCAUUCCAACCCAGCACUGAUGGAAAGGCUCAGACAGAUACAGCAGCAGCCGAGUGGUUACGUGCAGCAGCAGGCAUCGCCGUACCUGCAGCCUUUGACGGGCUCUCAGAGACUCAACCAUCAGUCCCUCCAGCAGAGCCCGCUGAUGGGCGGAGGAAUCGAUGCCGUGCUGACGUCGGCACACCCAAACCUUCCCUCGGGGCCCCUUCCUCAGGACCCAAUGAGACCCCGACAGCCACAGGUGCGACAGCAGCAGAGGUUCCUCCAGAUGCAGCAGCCCCCCCAGCCCCAGCAGCCCUCGCAGCCCCAGGGUCAGACCCUCAGUCUCCAAGCGAUGCAGCCCCAGCAGCCUUUGUUUCCCAGGCAAGGUUUGCAGCAGACCCAGCAGCAGCAACAGACGGCCGCCCUGGUGCGGCAGCUCCAGAAGCAGCUUUCUAGUAAGUACCCAUCCAGUGCUGAGUAG